AUGUCUCGCAGCAGCAGUCGCAAGCCAUCUUUGGACGCGGCUGUCGUUACAACGCCAGCUAUAUUCGACGACGAAGCCGUUAAGAAGGCCCGCGACGAGUACGCCCUCAACCCCAUCGGCACCGACUCAUCUAGCAAGUCCUCCCACAUCAAGGGCGGUCAUCUACGGCUUGCUUCGAACUCGACCGACGGCGACGACGACGACGAAGCUGCCGCGGCGCGCAUUGCCGCGGGACAACCGCGCGACACGGAUAACGCUUCGAUCGAGAAUGGCGAUAGCGUUGCGUAUAAGGUGUACAAGCGACGUUGGUUUGGCCUCUUGCAGCUGACACUGCUCAAUAUCAUCGUCAGUUGGGACUGGCUGACUUUCUCCCCGGUCUCACAAAAUGCUGCCACUUACUACAGCACCACCGAGUCGGCCAUCAACUGGUACUCGACCGGCUUUCUCUUCGCCUUCGUCGUCAUCUUCCCGGUCACCAUCUACACCCUGCACUGGGGUCCGAAGCCGUCUAUCAUUGCCGCGGCGGUGCUGAUCCUCGUCGGCAACUGGAUCCGCUACGCCGGCUCUUACUCCCGCGAUGGGGGCAAUUACGGGGUCGUCAUGUUCGGCCAGAUCUUGACCGGAUUGGCCCAGCCGUUCGUGCUCAGCGCCCCCACGCGGUACUCCGAUAUGUGGUUCACGGAUAGAGGCCGUGUUGCCGCUACCGCCCUGGCUAGUCUAGCGAAUCCGUUCGGCGCCGCACUCGGACAACUUAUCGUGCCGUUCAUGGUCACGGGACCGGCUGAUAUCUCUAAUGCCGUGCUCUACGUCGCUAUUAUCUCCUCCGUAGCCGCACUCCCAUCCUUCUUCAUCCCAGCAGAGCCUCCCACUGCCCCCGGCCCAUGGUGCUCCACACCUAAAGCCUCCUUCCGCUCCUCGCUGCAACUCCUAAAAUCCGUCGAGAUCUGGCAGGUCCUGAUCCCGUACUCUAUCUACGUCGGCUUCUUCAACAGCAUUUCCACGCUGCUCAACCAGAUCAUGAUGCCCUACGGCUUCUCGUCGGACGACGCCGGCAUCGCUGGUGCCCUGCUCAUUGUCGUCGGGCUGGUCGCCGCUGCCAUCUCCAGCCCUAUCCUCGACCGCACAAAGGCCUUCCUGCUCGCUAUCAAGGUCGCCGUCCCGAUUAUCGCCUUGUCUUACCUGGCGUUCAUAUGGAUGCCAGGUACCCGCGACUUAGCCGGCCCAUACGUCGUGCUCUCCAUCCUCGGCGCCUCGAGCUUCUCCCUACUACCCGUUGCCCUCGAGUUCCUCUGCGAACUGGGUCAUCCGAUGAGCCCCGAGAUCACAUCUACGAUUGCCUGGGCAGGGGGCCAGUUACUUGGUGGUAUUUUCAUUAUUAUCAGCGACGCCCUCAAGGCGGGGCGAACAGCAGAUCCGCCGUUCCAUAUGUACAAUGCGCUCGUGUUCACGGCGGUUGUUUCCCUGGUGGCGGUCAUCCCGGUUAUGGCGUUGGGCAUGUUUGGACGUAAGGAGAAGCUGGCUAUUAGACGGAUGGGAAGUGGGAGUAGUAGUAGUAGUAGUAGUAGCACUCAGGUUGUGAACGACAGUCCUGCGUGA